UUUAUCAAUUCAUUUUUGGUGUAGCGAUGAGAUAGACAUCAAUUAUUUCAAGAAAUAAGAAAAGGAAAAAAAAAACCUUAAAACAACAAAUGAAAUCCCAAACAGCAACUCUGAGAACACCAAUGUGAAAGUCUCAGUGGAUUACCUGAACCCAAAAAAUUUCUUCCUAUUUUUCGAUAGAACAUGUAUGAAAAAACGUUAAAAAAACAAAUAAAAGUAAAAGAAUGAGGACUGUAUUUGAGGCGAGUGUGAAAGAAAAGAUAAGAGAGAGCCUUUUCUAUUUCCCCACUUCUCACUGUGGGCUGUCUCUCUCAGAACUCAGACCUCCUUUAUUAAUUUUAUUUUUUGGACCUUUACAUAUAUUUUUUUGUUUAUUAAUGGAGUGUGGAGUGGAGCCUACUACAAAACCCGACCCAUACUUUGGUCAGAUCCAUCCAUUUGGGACCCAAUUCCUUCCUUCUCUUCUCUUUCUUUCAACGGUGCUACUGUUCCUCCCCCCACAGCCAAAAUUGCUCAUCCCCCUGACAAAACUGAAGAACCAGCAAAAGGAAAGAUCUUUUCAAACAAGGAAGCUCUGGGUAAUUCUCAUUCCCCAACCCUAGAGAGAGAGACAGAGAGAGAGAAGAAAAACCAGGGAUGUUUUUGAAAUUUACCUCUUCCCCCUUUUUCUGAAUGUGGGUUUUCUUCUUCGUCUUCUUGUUCUUCAUAAUCAGUGCCUGUUUUUGAGGGAGGCUGCCUGUUGGAGUGUUUUUUGGUUGUGGGUAUUGUAAGGACAACUACCAGUUUUUAUUGUUAUUCUUUAUUUUUCUAUAAAUUUUCACCUUUCUUUACUCCCUCUACAGCUGAAAAAAAGGUAAGCAGAUUUUGGGCAUUUGAUUUGUUGUAACUGAAUAUGAAAGUUUCUUUCUUUCUUGUUUUUUCAAAAUGGGGUCUCUUUCAAAAUUUCUUUCCCUUUUCAAUCUUUAUAUAGUAUAGAGAGUCCAACUCCAAUUUAGUGAUUUACACUACACUCUCUUCACUUGACGGCUGAAAGGGAUUUUUUUGGGUGUUUCAGACAGCCAUUGAUUGACAGUGGGUUGCUGUGUUUUUUUUUGUUGUUGUUGUUUGCCCUUUCCCUCUCUUUCAAUCUUCUUUCUCCCUGUCCUUAACAGCUUUCUGUUUAUGUCAUUUUUAAAGCCAGCCCAAUCGUUCUUUCUUUCCAUCCGGCUUCUUGUUUGUUUAUGGAAUGUGAAUGAGUUGUUUGUGUCCUGUUUUUCCUAUUUUUUGGUUGCAGGUUUUUUGGGGGGUGUAAGUUCAUUGUACUGUGAUUGGUGGCCUCUGCAAUCCCCAAGUUGUUAUCUGGGUUUCCUCGAACUCUGCGUUUCUUUUGCACUCUCUUGAGUUGCCGGCCAAUGAAUUGGACUUGUACUCGCGCUCCAUUGGGGUCGUUUGCCGGCCAGUGAAUCUGAUGAUAAAGAAGCCCAUCUCAAGAUUUGCUAAGUAAGUUUCUUCUUCAGAUCUGAAUUCUCUGUAGAAUGUGGUGUCUUUGUUUCUCCAUCUUUCAAUGGCUGAUUAGAUCUAGAUUACCCUUUAAAGUUUCAAGCUUUUGAGCUUCCUCAAUCAUUUCAGAAUGCUUCCGUUGAUGGGUUUUUAUUCAUUCUGUUGGAAAGUUUGGUUAACUGUGGUUCUUCUUUCUGGGGCCCUCUCUGUCCUUUUUCGGUUGUCGAUUCCAAUUUCCACUGUUUUAGUAAGUUCUCAUUAACUCGACAUUUGGAGAUUCUUCCAACUUUGUUUAGGAAUGAACCGUUAUGAUGCUUCAUAUCUAAGUUUGAAAUUGCCAAGGCUGGUAAAUGAUACCCAGAAUCUCAGUUGAAGAUUCUCUUUCUUUUCAUUUCAGAGUCUGCAAUUUUUUUGGAGUAUUCCCUUGUUCAUGGGAUUCCAUUUCCUUAUCAAGUACAAGGCCUUACACAAAUUAUGGACAUCCGAGAAGACCUCUGCAACUCUAAGCCCCGGUUGUUACCUCCGGUAGCUACAACAACUUUGAGGAGUGUUUCCUCAUCAUCUUCAACAUUCUUCUCAGCAAACCAAUCACCAUUCUUCUCACCAAGAUCCCCAGCAACGACAUGUCAAGUCUCGGAAUCAACUCGGUCCGAUGCUCAUUGUGACAGCAUCAAUAAUCUAAGCGGCGACCCUCCAAGCUCGACAUCUGGGCUCCAGGAUCCUGAGUCUUUGACCAACAUUAGAGAUACAUUGUCACAACUCUCGAGGGACCCAGGUGGGAUUGCUGCUGCUGAUUUCCAGAAUUUUGACAGGAUAACAUCCUCAACCACUGGGAUAUCCAACAGCAGUCCGUCUGGCAACAACAGCUAUUCGCAGUUGAGAGAGAAGCAUAGGAGUAAGCAUGGUCGAGGUUACAGAACAGCAUAUGCUGCAACACCGGUAACUGUACCGCUUUGCUCAAACAGACUUAGGAGUUGUGAUGUCUUCAUAGGCUUCCAUGGCAGAAAGCCUUCUCUGCUGAGAUUCACCAACUGGCUGCGAACUGAACUGGAAGCUCAAGGAGUGAGCUGCUUUGUAUCUGACCGAGCUCGGUGUAGAAACUCUAGGAAAAGUGGACUGGCUGAGAAGGCAAUGGAUGUUUCAUCCUUUGGCAUUGUUGUCUUAACUAGAAAAUGCUUCAGAAAUCCAUACACCAUUGAAGAGCUUCGAUUCUUUGCUGACAAGAGGAACUUAGUCCCGGUUUUUUUCGACUUGAGACCAGGAGAUUGCCUUGUGAGGGACAUUGUUGAGAAGAGUGGUGAUUUGUGGGAGAAACAUGGAGGCGAGCUUUGGGAACAUUAUGGUGGGGUCGAGAAAGAAUGGAAGGAAGCUGUGAAUAGCUUGUCCCGGGUUGACGAGUGGAAGCUAGAGGCUCAGGAAGGAAACUGGAGAGACUGCAUUCAGAGAGCUGUGACACUUCUGGGAAUGCAGCUAGGAAGGAGAAGUGUUGUGGAUAGAGUGACAAAGUGGAGAGAGAAAGCAGACAAAGAAGAGUUCCCCUUUCCUCGAAGCGACAACUUUGUUGGCAGGAAAAGAGAGCUUUCUGAGUUGGAGUUCAUGCUGUUUGGUGAUGUCAGUGGAGAUACUGAAAGAGAUUACUUCGAGCUCAAGGCAAGGCACAGAAGGAAGAAAAGUAUGAAUCUUGGAUGGAAAUUGGAAAGUGUAAGUGGUGAUAAUAAUAAGUUCAAAGAGCCCAUAUUAUGGAAGGAAUCAGAGAAGGAGAUUGAGAUAAGGCCGAAGCAGAAUCCACGUUACUAUGCAAGGAGAAGGAGAUCGUCGAGAAAGCCUCUGUAUGGAAAGGGCAUUGCUUGUGUUUCAGGUGAGCCAGGAAUAGGCAAAACAGAGCUUCUCCUUGAGUUUGCCUAUAGGUAUCACCAGAGGUACAAAAUGGUGCUCUGGAUUGGUGGGGAAAGCAGGUACAUUAGGCAGAACUAUCUAAACCUGUGGUCAUUUCUCGAAAUUGAUGUUGGUUUGGAUCAUAAUUCGGAGAAAACCAAGAUACGAAGCUUCGAAGAACAAGAGGAGGAAGCCAUUCUGAGAAUCAAGAAACAGCUCACAAGAAACAUACCCUUCUUACUAAUCAUUGACAACUUGGAGAGCGAAAAAGAUUGGUGGGAUCAGAAGCCUAUCAUGGAUCUACUCCCUCUGUUCGGUGGAGAAACACACAUAAUAAUCUCCACCCGCUUACCCCGAGUGAUGAACUUAGAACCAAUGAAGCUCUCCUACUUAUCAGGAGUCGAAGCCAUGGCACUGAUGCAAGGAACCACCACCACCAUCAAGGAGUACUCAAUCCCAGAAGUCGAUGCUCUUCGAGCCAUGGAGGAGAAAGUCGGAAGAUUAACCCUAGGCCUCUCCAUCAUUGGCUCAAUUCUGUCCGAACUGCCCAUCAACCCCAGCAGACUGCUGGACACCAUAAACAGAAUGCCAUUGAGGGACAUCCCAUGGAGUAGCAGCAGCAGAGAAUCCAACCCACUAAGGAGAAACACAUUCCUCCUCCAGCUCUUCGAAGUAUGCUUCUCGAUCUUCGACCAUGUCGACGGACCGAGAAGCUUGGCAAACCGUAUGGUCCAAGCAAGCGGCUGGUUCGCCCCAGCUCCAAUCCCAACCCCUCUGCUCGCCCUAGCCGCCAGCAAAAUCCCUGAAAAGGAUCGCCGGAAAAAGGCCUGGAGAAAGCUCCUCAGCUCAAUGAGCUGCGGUCUGUCCUCUCCCUACACCAAGCGGUCCGAAUCGGAAGCAUCCUCUCUCCUCCUAAGAUUCAACAUCGCCAGAGCAAGCACCAAGCCCAAUUCCAUCCACGUCAACGACCUAAUCAAGCUCUACGCUCGCAGGGAAGGAAUCACCUCUACAACAACAACAACAUCCCCAGAAACCGCCCAGGCGAUGGUUCGAGCCGUGCUGAACCGCGGCUCGAUCUUCCACCACUCGGAGCACAUUUGGGCGGCGUGCUUCCUCACAUUAGGGUUCGGCAACGAGCAGAAAGGGGUCGUCGAUCUCCAGGUCUCGGAGCUGCUCUACGCGGUCAAAGAAGUGAUCCUGCCGCUGGCGAUCAGGACGUUCAUCACAAUGUCGAGAUGCAAGGCCAGCGUGGAGCUGCUCCGGCUGUGCACGGACGCGCUGGAGGAGGCCGAUCAGGCGUUCGUGACCCCGGUGGAGAAGUGGCUGGAGAAGUCGCUGUGCUGGCGGCCGAUUCAGACGGGCGCGCAGCUGAACCCGUACCUGUGGCAGGAGCUGGCGCUGACGAGGGCGACGGUGCUGGAGACGAGGGCGAAGCUGAUGCUGAGAGGCGGGGUUUUCGAUGUUGGGGAUGAUUUGAUCAAGAAGGCGAUUUUCAUUAGGGCUUCCAUUUGUGGGGAGAAUCAUCCUGAUACGGUUGCGGCGAGGGAGACGCUUAGUAAGCUUGGGAGGUUGAUUGCGAAAGUUCAGACGACGGCCGGUGGUAAUCAUAAUAAUGCUUCUUCUCCGCCGUAGACGACGUCGGCGGCCGGAGGGUGUUUUGGUUUUUUUCCGGUUACGAGUAGAGGGGAAGUAUAGAAAGUAUACUGAAUAAGGUUUGCAGAGGAUGUAGUAGGGUUUCCAUUCCAGUUCCGCCACACCAUUUGUAAUCAACCAUAAUUAUUUGUUAUACGCCAUUCUGGUCUGGAAUUGAAUUAUGCAGAGAUUGUUGCCGAGGAGUUUUUGGGAUGGAGAUGGAGCCAUUUCUGAUCAGGUUUCGGCAGGGAAAAAAGGAAACAGUAACAUUUGCAGAGAAAGAAAGCGUUGGUGUACAACGUUGCAAAUAUACGAAAAUUAAAAAAGAACAGAAAAAGAAAAAUAAGUGCCCACACGCAGGAUCGAACUACGGACCUUCAGUUUACAAGACUGACGCUCUACCACUGAGCUAUACGGGCUCAGAUGUUACGUUGGCUCGCCACAUUUAGUAUAAACAAUCUGUUGAGCUGGCUGCAAUGAAAAUGUAACAAAAUCUUUUUUUUUUUUAUAUCAAUCUUUGCAUCACCAUAAUAUAAUAUCAAUCUCAAAUCGCAUCGCCGCUAGCGUUUCUCCAUCACCACUUGAUGAAUAUCCAAAGAAUGACCCAAGCUUGCUUCACAAGUGUUAAAUAAAUGUGAACUGCAGUGAAUGCACAUAUAUUCAUUCUUUACCUUCUUUUUGUUGACGAACAGUAAAAAUACUAAAUACACAUGUUGGAA